UUUAAAUAUUUAAUUCGAUUUAGCUCAAUUAGGUCUAAUCUUACCUUAAUGGUCAAUUGUGUUAUAAUUUAUAAAUUGACAGGUUCCUUGGUCUGCUCAUAUUUCCCCGAAAAUUUCUUCCUUUUUAACACAAAUUGGAACAAUGGCGAAAAUAGUACUUUACCCAUCACCUGGAAUCGGUCACAUAAUUUCCAUGGUGGAGCUUGGAAAAUUACUCUUAUCACACUCUUCUUCUUCAAUAUCUUCCAUUACCAUUCUCAUCCCAAACUUCCCUUUCAAUGUUGGAUCUUACUCUUCUUACCUCUCUUCUGUUGCUUCUUCUUACCCUUCAAUCAACUUCCAUUCUCUCCCCCUUCUUCUGGGAGAUCCAUCAAAAUAUGAAGAUAUGGAACAAAUAUAUUUCGAAACUUUGAAUAGCAACAACCCUAAUGUUCUGAACGCCCUCAAAUUAAUUUCUCAAACUUCCCCAAUUUCUGCUUUCAUUAUUGAUUUCUUUUGUUACUCUGCACUACAAGUUUCUCAAUCUCUUCAAAUACCCACUUUCUUUUUCUGGGCUUCUGGUGCUUCUGUUCUUGCUUUCCAUCUUAAUUUCCCAGUUUACCACAAAAUUUACACUGAUUCUUACCGGAAUCUUAAUGUUUUACUUCAGAUUCCUGGAUUGUUCUCUGUUCCUUCAAGCGAUGUAGUUCAUUGUAUGCGCGAUCGCGGGGCGAGUUAUCAUGAGUUUGUUAAGAUGACUGAAAUCUUGCCAAAAUCUGAUGGGUUUAUUAUCAAUACUUUUGAUUCAUUAGAGGUUAGAGGUGUUAUGGGUUUAAAACAAGGGAUUUGUCUUCCUGGUACUAAAAUCCCUCCCGUUUAUUGCAUCGGGCCAUUGAUUGCUAAUCGGGCCGAGGGUGGGGAGAGGGAGAGACAUAAGUGUCUGAGUUGGCUCGACUCACAACCGAGUCAAAGUGUGGUGUAUUUGAGUUUUGGGAGUAGGGGUAUGUUUUCUAAGGAGCAAUUAUGGGAGAUAGCUUUUGGGUUGGAGAAAAGUGGGGUCAGAUUUUUGUGGGCUGUUAGGGCCCCACCUAGUAAGGACAGAGGUGAUGCAUUUUUGCCCCCACCUGAACCGGAUUUGGAUCUCAUCCUUCCGGAUGGGUUUUUGGAUAGGACUAAGGAUAGGGGUCUUGUAGUCAAGUCAUGGGUCCCACAAAUUGGGGUGUUGGGUCAUGAGUCAUUGGGUGGGUUCGUAACGCAUUGUGGGUGGAACUCGGUUUUAGAGGCUAUUGAUGCUGGUGUGCCUAUGGUGGCAUGGCCGCUUUAUGCUGAACAACGAUUUAAUAAGAUUUUACUUGUCGAGGAGAUAGGGAUUGCAUUACCGAUGAAUGAGUCUGAACAUGGUUUUAUGAGCUCAAGCGAGAUUGAGAAGCGAGUUAAGCAAAUUAUAAGUUUAGAAGGUGAAGUUGUGAAGAAAAGAGUAUUAGAUUUGAAGUGUAAGGCUAAGGCUGCAUUGAAUGAAGAAGGUUCAUCUAGAGUAGCAUUGAAAACAUUAGUUGAAUCGUAUAGUCGUUAAGGGGAUGCAUUGUAAGACGACCCAUUAACACAGUUAGAUAUAUUGGUCCUCAAAUCUAUUAUCAUUUUUAUAUUUGGUUUUCAGUUUGCUAAAAAUUCAAAUAAAUGGUCACAAAUCACAAUGCAAAUUGUGUUAUGUUGUUGAAUCUUUGUUCGGUUUUUCAUUAUUCUAGCGUUGGUAUCAUGGUCAUUUGAGAAGUUAUAUUAUAGGCUCAUAUAUGUAAAGUGAAUGAACAUCUAUAUUAUGAGCAAUUAAGCUUGACAAGCAUUACUUUUUGAGGACAAAAUCACUUAUUAUUGAUAAGUGUAAUUAUUUGCACUUAUUUAUAUUAUUUUAUACUCUUUAAUGAUGGUCGUUGUUAGUAAUUUUGUGCUUAUUUUGAAGAUUUAUGCUACAUUACUCAUUUUAGUUAUU